GAACGCAGCCUGUAUAUGGUUCAAUGCCUUGUGUCCACGAUGGAACUCCGUCCGAGAAACGUGUGAUCAAUAAAAUUGCCGCUUUUCUAUAAAAGUUGCAAAUUGAUUGGCUACACAUUUCUCGGUCCGAGAAGUCGGACCGAGUUCUAGCAUCGUGGACACAAGGCUUAAGAAACAGAAUACUUGUAACCUCACUAUGAUGAUGAAGAGAGAAAUGUUUCUUCCUAUCAAAUUACCUUCACAUAAAUCAUUUCAAGGAAAAAAUUUGACAGGAACUGAACGUUUUAUAUACAAUUUAGCCGCAGAUAUUUAUGCAAAUAUACAACAAUGGAAUAGUUUCCAUAUUAAAGGAGUUACUUAUUUAAGAAACAUUAUACAAGUAAAACAUGACAAAAAUUAUUCUGUGAUUUUGCAAGAUAUGUGCGACAAGCUAGAAAAUGUUUGCAAUAAUCUAAUCUGUUUACAGGAUGGCAUAAUUACAAACUUGGAGCAAAUUAAAAAUCAGUUUAUAGCCAUAACAGUCUUACAGGAAACUACAACUAAGUUGUUUUUAACAUGGCCAAUGAGCAAGUUUGGUGAGAUAGCAGAAACUAUAUAUCAGAUGUAUCAUAAGGAAGCUACACUGAAACGCAAUUUACUGGAAAAUAUUGCUCACAAUCAUACAGAAACUUGGAAAAUGUUUUAUCUUGCAGCAUGGGUACAUCAACCUUUAUUAUCUGAAAACUUAACGUUAUUAUUGAAUUCAUUGUUUAUUGAAACUGGUCACCAAUGAUAACAGUUUCUAAUGUAGCAUUUAAUUUUCCUUUAUCUUAAUGUGUCAUUAUUUAAGGAAUUAAAAUAAUAAAUUAGACAAUCAUGAUUAAAUAAUAAAAAAAUUGCAUUGUAUAUACAGCAUAUCCCAAAGUUUGCGAUUCUAAAUACUAUAACAGAAAAGUUGUCGAAGAAUUAAAUAAUAUUAAUUGAG